GACCGUCGAAUUGGAAUUGCCGUCAAUUCCUGUUUCGCGUUGUUGGUGGUUGCUUGUUCGUCGAGGUAGUGCGCACGAACUUUGUUUUUGUGUUAAAAAUAAUAUGCCUUUUAUAUCCAAAGACUGGCGAUCGCCAGGCGAAGAAUGGGUGAAAACUGAAGAAGGAUGGGAAAAGAAAAAAGUGCUAGAGUGCACAGCACCGAGAUAUGCUGCUAUAUCUAACUUUAAUAGCAUGGAAGAGAAGCAACAGAAAUGGAUGCAAGAAGGAGAAGGUGACAAAAACACAUCAGAUACAGUGGCCCGAAUCCCUCCGCAUUGUCACAUCACUAUUAAAUGCACCAGAGAGAUCGCAGGUUUCAACGGUCUGUCAGAAGCGGUUCGGCGACUGGAUUUCUCAUCAGCUGUGCGCGAUGUUCGCCGCUUUAAUUACAUCUGCGCGCUCCUCGAGCUACUCCUGGGCGGACAAAGACUGACGCACCUGCCCGGCGCCGCGCAGAAACUGUUGCUAUCCAUGUUGGAACAAUUAGCCGAUCACGUGGCGACGUCGCAGCACAAUCCGGAGGCGCUGCGCGCGCUGGCGGCGGCGCUGGGCGGCGCGCGCGAGGCGGAGCGGCGCGCCUGCUGGGGCCGGCCGCUCGGCUCGCGCGCGCUCUGGCGGCACCACGACCGCGCCAUCGCACGCAUCACGCGCAUCGCACAGGACAUACGUAUACCUGAGCCGGGGCCGGAGGUGGUGCCCAAACUUCACGACAUGCCAGAGGAGUGCAUCCGAGAGAUAAUGCUCCGGAUAUCUGAUCACAGGGACUUAGAUGCGGCGUCGUCCGCGUGGAGCGUGAUGGCGGGCGUGUGCUCGGAGCGGCGCGUGUGGCGCGAGCUGGUGCUGUUCCACUUCACGCCGCAGCAGCUCGGCGCGCUGCUCGCCGCCGGACAGACCGACGUCGACUGGAAGAAGACCUUCCACCAGCUCAGGAAGCUGUACGGUCUGCGCGAGGAGGUGCAGUUUGCAGAGACAUUGUCCCUGUGCCGCCACUGCAAGUGCCUCUUCUGGCGCUCCCUCGGACAUCCCUGCAUCGCAGACCAGUGUCCGGAGUACCGCGAACGCUUGAAGGAGGCGGGCGGGCCGCUGCCGCCGCACCCCGUGCCGCCCGCAGCCUUCCUCAAGUUCUUCUCGCUCUAAAUCACAACGGAAAAUGACCUCUGUGUCUAUCGCGGUACGGCAUAAACUCAAUAAACUCAUCUAUUUGAAUGCACUAUUCCAAAUCGUCCAUAAUGGUCUUUGUAAUGGAUUCAAGUUGGUAUUAGAUGAGAAAAAAGUUUCAAAAUGAAAAGUACAGGCAGCUAAUAAAUUCUUCGAUUUGUUAAAAAAAAUAAACAGGGAAUUUAUAGUCGUUGAGUUUGGUAGCAUUAGCUACAAGGCUUUUGGCCACGACGAAAAAAGAAAUAAACGUCUUUGCGAUCUUACUAUUAUUUUUAAUAAUUUUUACUGUUCCUUUUUAUAUUAGGUGUGUGUUGAUAAUAUUAAAAACGUAUCACAAUGAGUGUCUUGCAAGUGACUUAUAAAUGUUUUUGUGUCGUAAAAUGUAUUAACUAUAUUGUAGACAUUUUAUGCUUUGAAAAUACCAGUGUUGUACCAAAAUUCAUUUUUAAUAUUGUAUUAAGUUUAAUUUAAUAUGUGUAGCAAUUUGUUAUGAUUUCCAAGUCCUUUUAUCCUGGAACCAUAUAAGUAUUGAUUGUUUUGUGAUAUUUUUUUCCUACAAUAUGAGUUUUUGUGUUUAAAUGUAAUCGUUUUUCAGUUGAUGUUAUUAAAUAAUUGCAAAAUGGUCUUAUAUAUUGGACUGGAUAUGGGCAACUUUUUAUUAAAUUUUGCAAUAAGACUGGCCAUUAUCAAAUUCACUGCCAACAAUAUUGCUUGCUGUAUUUUAUUUACGCAAAUAAAUUUAUAAAAUGUCUGUUUUCUAUACUAUCCAGCAUCUCAAUUUACUGUAUUAAAAAUAGAUUCCUUUAGAAAUCCACAAGUUUCCAAAAUUUCAUAGUUUUUUUUUUUGUUUGUAUAUUAAUAUUGGCAGUUAUUAUACUAGAUAUUGUAGGUUUAAAAUACUAUUAAAUAUUCUGUAAUGAUAUAGUGAAAGUAGUUGUAGCUUGUAGUUGUUAAAUGCCUUAAUGAAAAAUGUAUCAUGUCUUUUAUGAUUAAAAAAAAGAAAAGUCUAUGGUUUUAAAAGAUUUCAUAUUAAAGACUUCAUCUUUACCCAAUACAUUAAGAAUUGUAAUAGUAGUAUUAUAAAAUAUUUAAAUUGGUUUAAAUGAUAAACAGGAAAUGUAAAGAAAAUAUUAGACAGAAAAUAUAGGAGCAACAAUUUUUCCAUGAAUACAUUCAAAGAAAGCAAUAUUUUUAUAAAAACUGGUUACCAUAAAUUGUGGAUAACAUUCAUUGCCUGGCAAGGCCUAACAAGAAUUAAAAAAAAAAACUUUUCUGUCCAAAUCUAUUUAAUUAAGUCUGACAAUUUAAUCUUAAACUGUUCUCCAUAUUGUAGAGUAGUUGUUUAUAUUGUGAUAUGUUAAGAUAAAUAUGACAUUACCUUUUAAGUGUUUGAGUCUCAAGAAGCUAACAUUAUGAUAAGGUAUAUAAUUGAAUGCAGCUUUCUCACAAGUAGUUCAUUUUUAGUUAUCUGUGAUGUAUUUUUUUGUUUUGUGCAAUGGAAUUGUUUUUGAACAUAUGUUUGUGUGUUCAUUCUUUAUGGAUGUAUUUUUAAUAAAGUUAUUUUAAAUACAG